GAGAGAGAGAGAGAGAGAGAGAGAGAGAUCCGGGAGGAAAAUUCCUUGGUCCUUGGUCGGUUGCACCCGUAGUUCUGCUAUAAAUACAUAGUACCGCCCGCCUAAUCAAUCGCUCUCACGCCCUCCGUCGUCCUCUUCUUCCUCCAGACGAAGCAAUCAUGGUGAGGCUGGGGCCUCUGGCCGCGCAGCACGCGGGAGCGUUCGCCCGCGACCUGGGGCUGGGAAGCCCCGCGGCGCUCGUGGCCUUCGCGGUCGUCGCGACGGUGGCGGUGGCGGCCGUGGCGGCCUUCGGCUGCGCCAAGGGGGCCAAGAAGCCGCGCCGGCAAGACAAGAACAACGUCUACUACUACGGCCAGGGGUAUCCGCCGCCGCCACCCGCGGGCGCGUACGGUUACCCGGCGCAGCAGCCGGCCCCGGGCUACGCGUACCCACCGCCGCCCGCCGACGCUGGGAGGAAGCAGGGGCGCAUGGGCGGUGGCGCGGGGCUCGCCCUCGGUGCUGGCGCUGGCCUGGCCACCGGCGUCAUCGUCGGCUCGGCGCUCAGCUCCGGGUGCGGAGGAGGCGGCGGGUGCGGUGGUGGCUGCGGUGGCGGAUGCGGUGGUGGCUGCGGCGGUUGACCUGGUCGUACGUGUUUCAUGGCUUGCGUUGGUGUGCGUACGUAGUGGUUAGACAGUUGGGGCUUUGAUAAUUGUAGAUAUACUACUUACUACACUAUACAGUAUCGCGUGUGACGAUCGGCAUAUCUCUACGCCCGCUUGUUCGAUUACUACGUGAUGAGUAUAUUGUGAAAGCAGCAUAUGAUUUGGGGCGUGCAUGGAUGCCGUUCUUUUCCAUGUAACAACUGAUGAUCGACACAUACAUGGAUAUGAAAAUGCUGGUUUGGUUGCA